GCUCCAUUUACAUUCCCUUUACAACUGAUAAAAACGACGAUGUCUCCUCAUCAGGCAUGGAUGAUUUAGAAAUUAACGUUAGUCAUGUUCAAAAGCAUGGUUAAUGCGUGGUCUUGGCCGACUGUGGAAGCUUAGUUGAUUUACUUAGAAGAAGGUAAUAGCAACAUUGUAACGCAUUGGAAAGAUGGGGAGCACGACCUCUUGCUGUGUGUCUUCAAGUCCGAAGCUCCGAAGAAAUGCUCAUUCGAGGCUGGAGUCGUACAACACGGAGCCGGAGUUGAGUAGGGAGGAUACGGGCUGCAACCUGCAGCACAUCAGCGACCGAGAGAAUGUCGACGAGCUGAACAUGGAGUACAACCCCUCUGACCAUCCUCGGGCCAGCACAAUAUUCCUCAGCAAAUCUCAGACUGAUGUGCGUGAAAAAAGAAAGAGCCUCUUCAUCAAUCAUCAUGGAUCAACUAGAAGAAAACACAGCUCCUGUUCCACCAUCUUCCUGGAUGACAACACAGUCAGUCAGCCCAAUCUUAAAUUCACCAUUAAAUGUGUAUCUCUUGCAAUAUAUUACCAUAUAAAGAAUAGGGACAAAGAUGGAGGAAUGCGGCAAGACAUUUUUGACGAGAAGCUUCACCCUCUCUCGAAAUCUGAAGUGCCGUCUGACUAUGACAAACACGACCCCGAGCAGAAACAGAUUUACCGCUUCGUCCGGAUGCUGUUCAGCGCUGCUCAGCUCACUGCAGAAUGUGCCAUUGUUACACUGGUGUACGUUGAGAGGCUGCUGACGUAUGCCGAGAUAGACAUUGGCCCAGAGAACUGGAAGCGUAUGGUACUGGGAGCCAUUCUGCUGGCCUCUAAGGUCUGGGACGACCAGGCUGUUUGGAAUGUAGACUACUGCCAGAUCCUCAAAGACAUCACCGUGGAGGACAUGAACGAGCUGGAGCGUCAGUUUCUGGAGCUUUUGCAGUUCAACAUCAACGUUCCGUCAAGUGUUUAUGCCAAGUAUUACUUUGACCUGCGCUCACUGUCAGAGACUAACAACCUGAGCUUCCCUCUGGAGCCCCUGAGCCGGGACAAAGCCCAGAGACUAGAGGCGAUCUCAAGGUUAUGUGAUGACAAGUACAAGGAUGCCAGGAGAGCUGCCAAGAAGCGCUCAGCAAGCGUGGACAAUCUGGUCGGGGUGCGAUGGGUCCCUGCCAUCCUUUCCUAACAACCAGGAACAUAGACCACACCUGAGACUGGGCCUGAGACUGGGCCUGAGACUGGGCCUGAGACUGGGCCUGAGACUGGGCCUGAGGCUGGGCCUGAGGCCAGCAUGGUAAAUUUCCCAAAAUUCCCAGGUUUUCCAGAAUACCUGAUUGGAGGAUUCCGGAUUUCCUGCUGAUUCCGGGAAUCAUCCAAUCUGGAUUCCUGGGAAUUUUGGAAAGGUUACCCGAAUUCUGCAAACCUAACCUGGAUAGACAGACCGACCUUGUCCCUGUCACAGAUAGAUGCCUUCACAGUGCCUCCUCUCCUGUAACACAGGGAAGAGCUCUCUACAGGACUGGUAGUUCACUGACUGUUAAGAGUAAGAAAAAUGAAAGCUUCUUUGUGAUACAACAUAAAGAUGACUGUUAAGAGAUCUCAUGACAUGUGGACAGAAGCAGCCAGGUGACUAUCAAGACCAUCAAAAGUAGCCAGCCAACCAUCACUGUGGCAACAUUAGCUUUAUGCGUUGUAGCAGCAAACCAACAGAGAAGUUGUCAGAAAACAACAUUUCAGUGACAUUUGACCUCUUUUCCUGGGUCGCACCAAACGAAAGAAAAAGGACUGAAACGGGUGGAAGACCUGAACCUGUCCAUUAAGAAACAAACAUUUUUUCCGGUUUCCGUUGAAAAUGUUUUGCUAUGGCGUGCACUAAUGAAUACGAUCAUGGGUCCUAGACUGUCCAAGCUGGCGUGGCACGACAGACAGGUGGCCUUUGGAGAUGGUUCUGUAGCUUUUGGUGAAAGGGUUUUUAUUCAUUUUGUGUUCAUAAGGUUGUUUUCACUGCCUACUGCUAUAACCUGACAAAUCCAAGUACCUGCAGACAGUAUUUGAUCAGGUAAAACAGCAUUCUAGAUGUGCAGGCGUUUCUACUGGAGAUCUACAUUCAAAUUCCAGAAACAUUUAGUUCUUAAUGAACACAAUUAUUUUGUUCAUGUUCAAACAAGUUGACCAUAUUACUUUACUACCCACUGGGCAAAAACUGGUUGAAUCAACGUUGUUUCCACAUAAUUUCAACAAAAUAAAUGUGGAAAACUGAUUGGAUGUGAAAAAUGUAUUUUUUCACUGAACUUUUAACCGAAACUUUUUAUGUAAAUAAGAAAUAGACGUUGAACUGACGUCUGUGCCCAGUGGGUACCUUUCCACUAGUAUAUCUCCCUAGUUACUGUACAUCCCAAUACUCAGAAUGUUAUAUUCAGAUCUGCAGCUAAAUUCAUCAAUGAUUUACUACAUGGCCAAAUGUAUGUGGACACCCCUUCAAAUUAAUGGAUUUGGCUAUUUCAGACACAUCUGUUGCUGACAGGUGUAUAAAAUCGAGCACACAG